AUGUGGACCCUGGUGAGCUGGGUGGCCUUGAUGGCAGCACUGGUGGCUGGAAGACAAUGUCCAGAUGGUCAGUUCUGCUCUGAGGACUGCUGCCUGGAUCCAGGAGGAGACAGCUACAGCUGCUGCAACCCCAUUCUGGACAAAUGGCCCUCUUUGCCCACAGCAUGGAGCAGGCUUCUGGGCACACCCUGCCAGACUGAUGCCCACUGCUCUGCUGGCUCCUCCUGCCUGCUCACUGUCUCUGGAACCUCUCGCUGCUGUCCGUUCCCAGAGGCCAUAUCUUGUGGGGAUGGACACCAUUGCUGCCCCCGGGGCUUCCACUGCAGUGCUGAUGGGCGGUCCUGCUUCCGCAGACAAGAUGCCAACCCAUUGGGUGCUGUCUUGUGCCCUGAUAGCCAGUUUGAAUGCCCAGACUCCACCACAUGCUGCAUUAUGCUUGAUGGCUCCUGGGGCUGUUGCCCCAUGCCCCAGGCUACUUGCUGUGAAGACAAGAUGCAUUGCUGUCCUCAUGGAGCGUCCUGUGACCUGGCUCAGGCCCAGUGCCUCUCGCCCACAGGCACCCAUCCCCUGGCCAAGAAGACCCCUGCACAAAGGACUAAUAGGACAGUGACUCUGCCCAGUGCUGUCAUGUGCCCCGAUGCACGGUCCCAGUGCCCAGACGACUCGACCUGCUGUAAGCUGCCAAGUGGGAAUUAUGGCUGCUGUCCAAUGCCCAAUGCCGUCUGCUGCUCCGACCACGUGCACUGCUGCCCCCAGGAUACUGUGUGUGACCUGAUCCAGAAUAAAUGCCUGUCCAAGGACAGCGCCUCUGACCUCCUCACCAAGCUACCUGCGCACACAGUGCAGGAUGUGAAAUGUGACGAUGAAGUGAGCUGUCCCGAUGGCUACACCUGCUGUCGCCUCACCACAGGAAACUGGGGCUGCUGCCCUUUUGCCCAGGCUGUAUGCUGUGAGGACCAUGUACACUGCUGCCCAGCGGGCUUUAAAUGUGACAAAGAGAAGGAGAUAUGUGAUCAGAGGAACCACCAGGUGCCCUGGAGGAAGAAGACCCCUGCCCACCUCAGUCUACCAGCCCCUCAAGCCGUGGAGAGUGAUGUGCCCUGCGAUGACGUCACCAGCUGUCCAUCUUUCAAUACCUGCUGCAGACUUCCGUCGGGGGAGUGGGGCUGCUGCCCUAUCCCAGAGGCUGUUUGCUGCUCAGACCACCAGCACUGCUGCCCCCACGGCUUCACAUGCACAGAUGAGGGCCAAUGUCAAAAUGGGGAUAAGACAGUGGCUGCAUUGAAGAGGACGCCUGCUCGCCGGGCCUCCGUGUCCCACCUCAGAGAUACCAGUUGUGACCAGCACACCAGCUGCCCUGUGGGGCAGACCUGCUGCCCCAGUCUGAGCAAGGGCUGGGCCUGUUGCCAGUUGCCUCACGCUGUGUGCUGUGAGGAUCGCCAGCACUGCUGCCCAAAUGGGUACACCUGCAACGUGAAGGCCCGCACCUGUGAGAAGGCAAUAGACUCUGCCCAGGUUGCCACCCGCCUGGUCCACGGUCCACACGUGGGGGACGUGGCAUGUGGGGAGAGCCGCUUUUGUCAUGAUAACCAGACCUGCUGCCGAGACAGCCAUGAAGGCUGGGCCUGCUGUCCCUACCGGCAGGGCACCUGUUGUGCAGAUCAACGGCACUGCUGUCCUGCUGGCUUCUACUGUGGGAGAAAGGGCGCCAAGUGUUGGCGCAGGGAGGUCCUGCCUUGGGACAUCCCUGUGAGGGGACCAGCCCAGAGACAGCUGCUAUGA